UCUGCGCUGGUUUAAGUUGUUGCUCUUACACUUCCGUUUCCGAUGCGAGCCGGUGACAGCUGUGAUCUGGUGGUACAGACAUGGAGCAUCAGGCGGCGCAUCUAGUGCUGAAGAACAGGAGAAGUACUCUGGAGAGAGUGGAGAAGUUUCUAUCUGAUGUGUACUUCACUGACUGCAACCUGCGGGGGAGGUUGUUUGGAGCAAAGUGCCCUAUAGAUUCCCUCUCCUGCUUCCUAACAAAGGAACGGAUCUCCUAUGAAGAUGCUUUGAAGAGAGACUUUCAGCUUGCUCAGGUUGGAAAGACCUUUGGACCUACGUGGUGGACUUGUUGGUUCAAAGUGGAACUAAACAUACCCGAAAAGUGGUGCGGACAGGAAGUCCAUCUAGUAUGGGAGAGCGACGGUGAGGGGUUGGUGUGGAAAGAUGGCAUUCCAGUCCAGGGUUUAACAAAAGAGGGUGAGAAAACAAGCUACAUUUUAACCAGACAUUUAAAGGAAGGAGAUCCACAUCGCAUGACCCUCUACAUUGAGAUGGCUUGCAAUGGUCUAUUUGGAGCUGGUCAGGGAGGAAUGAUUGCACCAGUCGAUCCACACAGAACAUUUACUCUACAGAAGGCUGAACUUUCUGUUUACAACCGCAAUGUAGAAGAACUACUUCUGGAUUUUGAAAUUCUCUAUGAUAUGGCCAAGUUGCUUGGUGAAGAUAACCAAAGAAGCUAUCAAGCUCUCUAUGUGGCUAACCAAAUGGUGAACCUGUGUGAUGUAAAUGACCCUGGCACCUUUGCUGCUGUUGCCAACUUGGCCUCCACAUUUUUUUGCCAAAAGAACGGAGACAGCCAGCAUAUGAUUCACGCGAUGGGACACUGUCACAUCGACUCUGCAUGGUUGUGGCCAUAUGACGAAACUAUAAGAAAAUGUGCUCGUAGCUGGGUAACUGCAAUACAGCUGAUGGCAUCCAAUCCAGACUUCACUUUUACAUGCUCUCAGGCCCAGCAGCUGGAAUGGGUGAAAACACACUAUCCUGGGUUAUAUUCACAGAUUAAGGAGUAUGUCAAGCGUGGUCAGUUCAUUCCUGUUGGUGGCACAUGGGUGGAAAUGGAUGGAAACCUUCCCAGCGGUGAGUCAAUGGUGCGCCAGUUCCUGCAGGGUCAGCACUUCUUCCAGGAGGAGUUUGGCAAGAUGUGCUCUGAGUUUUGGUUACCGGACACAUUUGGAUAUUCUGCUCAGCUGCCUCAGUUGAUGAACGGCUGUGGGAUCCACCGUUUCCUGACUCAGAAGUUGAGCUGGAGUCUGGUCAAUGCUUUUCCUCACCAUACCUUUCACUGGGCAGGAAUUGAUGGCUCCAAGGUUUUAGCUCACUUUCCUCCAGGGGAGUCCUAUGGAAUGAAGGGCACCGUGGAGGAGAUGCUGAAAACCGUCAGAAACAACCGUGAUAAAGGCCGUGUGAACACUGGCAUUGUCCUCUUUGGGUUUGGUGAUGGGGGUGGAGGUCCUACUGAAAAGAUGUUGGGAAGAUUUAAAAGGAUGAAAGACACAGAUGGCUUGCCCAGAGUGCAGCUGUCUACCCCUGACCAGUUUUUCUCUGCUUUGGAGACAAACACUUCUCAGCUUUGCACCUGGGUAGGAGAACUUUUCCUGGAGCUGCACAAUGGGACUUACACAACCCAGGCACAGAUCAAGAAGGGGAACAGGCAAUGUGAGCAGUUGCUACAUAAUGUGGAGUUCCUCAGCUCUGUUGCCCGGGCUAAAGAUGAGAGUUUUGUCUAUCCAACUUCUAAGCUUCAGCAUCUUUGGAGGUUACUGCUGUUGAAUCAGUUCCAUGAUGUCCUACCAGGAAGCUGUAUCCAGCAAGUAGUGGAAGAUGCACUGCACUAUUAUGAAGAAAUCCGAACAGGAGGAGCCAAACUUCUUGAUGAAGCUAUACAAUCUUUGUUUAGAACUUCGCCCCAAUCCCAACUAACACCAAGUCCUGCUGUGACAGUAAUAAAUACUUUGCCCUGGGAGCGCACCGAAGUAAUAUCUAUGCCAGGAUCAUUAGAAGAGCAGAAAUUAGGUCUUGUGAAGGUGCCCAGUAUGGGUUGUGUUGUGAUACCUGAGAAUAAUAAUCCUAUUACUCCGGUGACAGUUGUCAUGCAGGAUGAUGGCUCUGUAAUCAUGAAGAAUGAAAUACUUGCUGCCAGCAUUGACUCUAUGGGACGUUUGACAUCUCUGAAACUGUUAUCCUGCAACAGAGAAUCCAUUCCACAUAACUCUUACGGGAAUCAGUUUGUGAUUUUUGAUGACAUUCCUCUAUACUGGGAUGCUUGGGAUGUGAUGGACUAUCACCUGGAAACCAGGAAACCGGUAACCAACCUCCUAAAUAAACUCCAGAUCAGCAGCAGUGGAGGAUUAAGAGGAGUUGUGACAUUCACUCUGCAAAUCAGUGACACUAGCUCAAUAGUACAAGAAAUAAUCCUGGAAGCUGAAGCCCCAUACAUUCGAUUUAACACUAAGGUGGCAUGGAACGAGGCUCAUAGGUUCUUAAAAGUUGAAUUUCCGACCACCGUUCGCAAUUCAAAUGCUACUUAUGAGAUCCAGUUUGGGCACUUGCAGAGACCCACUCAUCGCAAUACUUCUUGGGACUGGGCCAGAUAUGAGGUUUGGGCUCACCGCUGGAUGGACCUAUCUGAGUUUGGCUUUGGAGUUGCCGUGCUAAAUGACUGCAAAUACGGUUGCUCUGUACUUGGAAAUGUUCUCACACUCUCUUUACUGAGAGCCCCAAAAUCCCCCGAUGCCACUGCUGAUGUUGGACUUCAUGAGUUUUCCUACGCAAUAAUGCCUCAUGAGAGGUCAUUUCAGGAAGCAGGAGUAAUCCAAAGUGCAUAUAACUUUUGUAUUCCUCUUCUGACGACCUCAUCACCAGUUACACAGCCCAACUCCUGGAGUGCUUUUACUGUCUCCUCUCCGGCAGUGGUGCUGGAAACUGUCAAACUGGCUGAGAAGCGUGCAGAUGCUCUUGUAGUAAGGUUUUAUGAGGCUUACGGGAGCACUGUGGACACCUGGCUUCAGACUUCACUCCCUGUAAAAGAAGCUUUCUUGUGUGACCUCCUUGAACAACCAUACAAUUUGCAGAAUGUUCUGUCAGAGGAUCGAUGUGUGAAGCUCUUCUUUACUCCAUUUAAAGUGCUCUCUGUACUCCUUGUGCUGCAGAGGUAGCUUUUUUUGAGAAUCGCGGACAUUAUUAGCUAUUACUGUACUGAUGUAUUAUGUGAUUAUAAAAAGGACCAA